GAAAUGAACUUCCCCUACAUAAAGGGAUCACCUGAGCUCCGUUUGUGGUUUACCACUAAGCCUUAGGAGAAGAGAGAUCGGUUCUUGACACCCACCCACGCACCCCACCCCACCCCGGCUGAAAAAAAAACAAAAAGAAAAGAAAAGGAAAAGAAAAGAGAGAGAAAGAUGGAGUCUUCUUGGCCUGAGAAUUUACCCUCACAUAGAAAGAAGGUAAUCGAUGAGCUACUUAGAGGUCAAGAAAUUGCAAAACAACUUAAACUUGUAAUGAGAAAAUCCACAGGGGAUGAUGGGUCUAUGUCUGCUGAGAAUCUUGUCAGGGAAAUCAUGAAUUCUUUCAAUAGUACUCUUUCUAUAUUGAAUGGAGGUGGGUAUGAUGACGAUGUCUCUCAAACUACAGCGCCUACAAAAGUGUGUUCACCUCUUUGGGAUGGCCGCAAGUCACCAGAGGAUUCCGGGGAGAGUAGCAAGAGUACUGCCGCUGUGAAGGUUAAGGACAGGAGAGGAUGCUACAAGAGAAGAAAAAGCUCUCACUCAUGGACAAAUGAGACCUCCACUCUAACCGACGAUGGCCAUGCUUGGAGAAAAUAUGGACAGAAAAUGAUCCUUAAUGCCAAAUAUCCGAGGUAAUAUUAUUACUGGUACAGAAUCAACACAUUAAUUAAUUAAUUAAUUAAUC